AUGGCGCCUGUUACUCCUACAUCUUCCAGGCUACAGGGAUCCGAUAGAGAGUCGCAGCGACUACCAAAACCGGUGGAUCGGGAGGAAGGCAUCUUACCUCCUGGAGUCGAGCUUCAACCAGAACCCAGGGAACCACAGCCGUGGAUUACCCACAGAGCUCAGAAGGGACGGUCUCUCCAGAGACGCGCCAACAAAACCUUGACAAGCAUUGGAAAAGACACUCCACGAGCGCUCGUCAGCGAGGCAUCCGGCAAGCACCCAACACCGACACCCCGAACGGCCCCAUUACCCGCCGAGUUGAGCAGUGAGGGCUUCCCUAGCGUCGUAACCGGGGACACGGUCUCUCCGGCGCAGCCGCUUCUCUUACCAGCUGAGGAACAAAUUCGUGUGGCAGAGCUGGCGCGGGGUCAGCCUCCACAAGUCCAAGGGCAUCUCCUGCUUAGUCGUCAGGCGAAAUCUAGGGCUACGCUUUCGAAAUUAAUGCAGGCCAGCUACGCCGGUCCCUCGGAGGUGGCUCCCCCUGGUCCAAUGCUUACGCAAGUGCCGCAGACUUUCGAAGAGGCGUUAAACAGCUUAGGGACGCGGGAGGUAGUAACGCCGGCGUCCGGCAAUUGCCUUGCCAUGGCAAUCGUGCAAGGAGCAACUGGGCAAGAUCUCGCAGAGCCGACGUCAAAGCGUGGACAGCUAACGGCAACCCUCAAAACCGGUAUCAAGGAGGUUGGACUUUUAAACAUAGAGGACCGCAUACCGCAUGAUAUCCGGGUGACGAUACUUCAACACGUUAACCGUGCUUGGACAAGCAUGACGCGGCGGGAAUCCCUUAACCAACUCAAAUGGUUUUUAGAGGACUACGCAUCCAGUCCUUCCGACCGAGCAGCGGUCGUCGCGGACAAUACAUGGGGAGGUAAUGACAUCAUCGGACUAGCGGCAAUGUUCCUCCGUCGGAACAUUUACGUGCUCGAAUUAGAAGGUACGCGCGCCAAACCCUGGAUCUGCCGGCAGUUUGGGCCAGAAGUGCUAUCCAUCAAAGCGAAAAGUAUCGCUUCGUUUACGGAGCGGCCCAUGGACAUUUUACAGUGCCUUGAUGCCAUCAGGGCGGACAUCAUCGACUCAGCAGCAACUCCUAUUGUCCUCCGCUUUUGGGGUCGGCAUUACUCGGCUGCCGUUCCUAGCCCGGCAACGAGGGAAGAGUUCGCAACCCAUCACGAUGCCCUCAUGGUGGCCCAACAGUCUCGGCAUGAUGCAGAUAAACCAAUGUAUUCCACUUCCCAGACUGAGGACCUCGCCCCUGUAUGUGGUGGACCACAACAGCUAGCGCUGGUAAAGGUUGAUGCGGCCAACGCAUUGGGUACCACUGAUAGGAACUAUGUCGAUACCUCUCUCGCGCCGACUGACGUCGUGACGCAGCCUCCCAGAAUUUGCGACCAGGCGAGGCACUUGCGUAAGCGUACACAUGUACCCGCUCCGGACGACCGCAUUCAGGACGGUGUGGCCUUGAAAAACAUCCAUACCGGGGUUCUGCUGAAGAAAGGAAAACCGGAGGAGUACGCUCUGGUUCAAUAUCUGGCAGUGCCGAACGACCCUAUGGGCGGCCCCAAUCAGCAUUGGCACGUUGAAUGGAAUCGUGGAAGCGUCCGCUGGCCGACGACGGCUAGCGUCCAGUGUCCAUUGGUAGAGAGCGGAACUGCUCUAUGGGCAGCGGUGGCCGCGGUGGAACCGCUUGUUUUACUCAAUCAAGUCCAAUCAUUUCGGUUCCCCGGUGAGCUUAUCGACUCUCUCGCAGAUUCAGUCAUCGCUCAGUGGACAGAGGAAUGGCGAAGGGAUUGUUUGCAGGACUGCCUAGCCCGUUACCGGACAAAUUGUACGGUAAAAGCGACGCGGGCUUGGCUAGAUCAGUGGAAGCAACAGAUCAUAUUUCUGAAAGGGCGGAAGGUCGCCGGAAAUAUCGGAGAUAACACCGACUAUUGGAAACGCAUCCGGGUCGAGAAAUAUGGGAAUGACGAUCUUUUUCGGCUAUGCGAUCCAAUUCGGCGGGUCAUAUUCAGUCAUCACAUUUUGUGCGCUCAUCUGUAUCAUGUCGAAAUUGGAGAGCUUUUAUCGAUGGUGGAUACGGAAGCUGGCUCCCGAUCAGUUAUGGAGGCCCAUGUCCAGCUCCUGAAACGGGAUGCGCAAUAUAAAUCGUGUUACAAGGGGGGCGGGACAACGGCUGAUUGGGCCAGUAUUGCGCGCUUUUUUGAAUCCGCCUUCGAGAAGCCAAUGGUGAUCGAAGGCAUUGACUACUAA